GGAGUUAUCUUUUCUCAAGUAAGCCCUGGCAUUCCCCAGCUAGUGGCAGAUUUAAUCACCCGGUGUCAUGUUACAAUGCAGGUCUAGGGCACAAAAAUUUUUUUUUUCAUAAUCUUUGGUCUUUGAUCUAAAAAUGUAUAGUUUGCCAUGGUUUGGAAUUAAAUUUUAGCCACGAGAAAAGUUUUAAAAAAUCGUGCGUUUUUAGGUGAACUCCCACCUUAACGGCCACCCCUUAUUAGGUGGCCAGUAAUCAAAGUGCCAAUGAUGGCUUUUCUAUUGCUUUUACCCCCUUAAGAAGCGGCUACUAUCCAUUUUCCCGACGGUGGCCGCUAAAUAGGGGUUGAACUGACGUAAAUGUAUGCAUCGGUAUUAAUAUUUCCGAGAACCAGAACACCAGAGUGUUGCGUGAUAAGCUAAAAUAGGUACUGUUUCUUUAAUCGGGCUUCCAACGAGCAACAAAAAAACUCGCCGAUGCAAGAUCUCUUUUUGUGCAUCGAUUUUUUUCUACCCGGCCGUGUAAUUGGCGUGUUCCCAGUAAGUGGUAGGUUCCUGACGGUGUGACGUGGUGUUCUACUGACCCCUACUAUCUUGUACCCCGUGGACUGAAUUCGGAGUUACCACCAUAAAGUAAUUGGUGUAAUUGUGACAAAUAAACAGGUUACCCACGGCUGGGUAGCCGUUAGGGUUUCGCACUUCGUCGAACGACUAGCUGUACAGGUCCAAGUAUAUUUCCGGUUGAAACUGGCGGAUCAAAGACCCGUCAUUCUAAAUAAUUUCACUCCUUCAAAAUUUUCGCCAGUAUAGAUUAUUAGAUAUCAUGUACUUUCUCCUCUUCAGGCAUAUUGGGUACGCAUUACGGACCUUUGGUAGGUGAUUAGCUCUUUUGGGGGAAGGGGUUCGCCCUACCCUCCCAGUCCUAGCUUGUUUUAUUGUUCGCUACCGUCAUGCAACUCGCGCUCGUUGAGGUAAGCUAUUUCCGCUUUUAAUAGUGCAUCAUCGGUGAACUGAUAAAAGACGGACCUCCAAGAGAUCCCGAUGAAGGACACGCGAUUUGCUUUAGGUACAAUGAUUUUCUGACCUGAGGUGAACCUCAUAUUAUUCCGAAGCUAACUAAUACAAUGGCGGCGGCGCCAGACCCACAUGAAGUGUUCCGUUCAACAACUGGAAAAACCAAUUUUCACCGCGUUACACGACUUCUAAUAAGUGGAGGCACAACACUAUUGAGGGAAAUUUUUGACCUCAUAUAUCCCCCGAGUAGUCUACCAACGAUAUUGAAAAAUCCAGCCACAGAGAAGCAACUCAGAUCUGCAAAGCUAUCUAAGCCUCAGUGGGACUGUCUUUACCCAUCCCCAGGGGCGUACGGCCGGUCAACAGAUUUCGACGUUACCUUGCUCUUCAGGUUGCUAAGGACAAUAUGCAACCUGACCCCUCCUGUAUUAGGGUGGGAUGCUCUACCAGCACCUACAGACUGCAGCUUACCCGAUGAUUUGGCGAGAAUUAAAUAUUAUCGCAACUCAAUAUACGGUCACGUGAACCAAAACAUGGAGAUAACCGAUGGCGCGUUUCCUCUCCUUUGGCGGGAAAUUAGCGGUGCCCUUGUGCGAGUCGCGGGACACAUCAGCCGUGCAAAGAAGAUGGAAUGGCAAAAAGCCAUUGAUAAGUUUUUAGCGGAUCCCCUCACAGCAGAAGACGAAAGAAACAUCCAGGAACUGCUGAAGUGGUACGAAAACGACACAGAAGUGAAGAAAUCUGUGAUGGAACUGAAAAACGCAGCUCAAGAAGGGAUGGAACGUUUGGAAAUUAGUUUACAAGGUAUUCAGGAAGUACUUGAAGUUGAGGCAAGCUCNUCAGUAUACAUGUAG